AUGGCGACUUGCAGGAAGAUGAGACGUAGCUGGAAAAUUCACUGUGCAUUUGCCGUGUUUAUCUUGUUACAACUAUUUCCUCUCAACAGUAUUUCGGCACCCCACGACUGCGUGGCGACGCACGUCUCAAACACCAUCAUCAAGUUUGCUGACAACAUGAUGGUGGUAGGCCUUAUCGCUGGCGAUGAUGAGACAGCCUACAGGGAGGUCGUCAGUGACCAACCUCUCCCUCAACAUCCAGUUGCGGUUCAACCAUCUCUGGAUCCAGGGGUUGUUGGUUCAGAUCACUCCUUGCCUUUGAGAACCGCCAGCAAGGAUGCAGCAACAGCCGUCAUCACUGGCAAGGCAGACACAGUAACCAGUGACAAAGCUACAACACUUAUCCAGGUUGAUGAUGAUGAUGAUACAACAGUCAUUAAGGCUGUAACAGCAGAUGCUACUGCUGCUACACCCAAUGAGGGCGCUACGCCUAUCAAGGAUGCUACCACACCCAUCAAGGAUGCACCUAUCGAUGGCGUAACAGCUUAUGUCGCACCAGCCACCAAAGGGGAGGUUAUAGCUGAAUCCCCUGCCAUUAUUGCUAAAACAACUGUUGGCAAGGAAGUAUUAACUGCCGACAAGGGCAAGACAACCAAAUUGAAUGAAGAAGCAGGACGGACGACUGAAGAACUACCUCCCAAUCCCACUGAUUCAGAUGCUGCUGCUGCCUCUACCGUGGCUGCAGAUACAGCCAUCAGUACCUCCACCACCACAGUCAAAGCCCCAGAGCCUGCCAAGCCCACCCUGGAGAAACCAAGCCCUGCCUCCAACACCAAGCUUGUCGGUCGCGUGGACCCUACAGAGGAUGAGCAAGAGGACAAUUCUAUCAAAAACUUUGACGACAACCUAGAGUCCCAGACAGAGACUGACAUGUACGACGUUGAUGAGGAGGACGACUAUGACCCGAGGCCAGCAGUUAAGGCCCCUCUGGACCAGAACCAGAACUUUGGCGGCCAAGACUUCGAGGAGGAGGAAGACAUGGUGAACGCAGACAAUGACCCGGUGGUGUUCGGACCAGCAGAGAAUGCUGGGAAGAUAGAUGUGCGUAUGAAGGACACCAACAUCUACACCAUCCAGGAUGAGGACUCUCACUUCUUCUUCCACCUGGUCAUCCUGGCCUUCCUGGUGGCCAUCGUAUACAUCACCUACCACAACAAGAGGAAGAUCUUCCUCCUGGCCCAGAGUCGGCGCUGGAGGGACGGCCUGUGCUCUCGCAAAAAUGUGGAGUACCAUCGGCUGGACCAGAAUGUCAACGAUGCCAUGCCUUCCCUCAAGAUGACUCAAGAUUACAUUUUCUGA